AUGGAAGUCGUUGAGCCCCUUGCUGUGAAACAAGUGCCUAUGAAAGAAUCCGAAGCGUCGAAUUGUGAAACGCGUGAUUUUGAAGUAGUCGAUAUUUUGGGUAACGGAUUGGUUACAAAGAAGGUCAUCGAAAAAGGCUUAGGGCAAGACAGUCGCCCAAACUAUGGUGACUCCGCGGUGAUAAGUUACAAAGGAUGGCUCGAAGACGGGUCGCUCGUGGAGGAAGCAGAACACCUGGCCAUCGUCAUCGGAGAUGGCGAGUGUAUACACGCUUUUGACCUUGCUCUCCCCCUUGCCGAACUGAAGGAAUUAUUUGAACUCAAAACCGAUUCUCGUUUUGCAUAUGGCGAUCUAGGAAAUAUUAUGAGUGGAUUUAACUCAAAAGCUUCCUUACAUAUUUGGCUUUACAGACGGAACGAAUUUCAGUAUGCACUGACUUGCUACACUAAGGCUGUAGAGAUCCUAAUGAAGAAGUCCGAGGAGCCAGUGACACCUUCUUCCGAAUCGUUCCCCCCAUGCACCCCUGCUCAGCUCCUGGACCUAGAAAUAAAACUAAGGAAUAACGUUGCUGCUACCCAACUUAAGCUUGAGGCUUUUGCGGCCGCUGCCAAAACUUGCGAUAUUGUCCUUCACCUGGACCCCACCAAUCGUAAAGCCCUCUAUCGCAAGGGCCAGGCAAGUUCUCCCAUUGCCACACUUUUGUUAGCAUUUACCGGAAAACUGUAG